AUGACUAGGCAGGAAUUGGAUGCCAGCGCCUUGAGAAAUGUCACCGACAAACUCUCAUUUGACGAAAUCGACGCGAUCAUCGAGAAUCUGUCAACAGGAAACUUAUCGAGUUUUUUAAAUAAUGAUAAACUUAACGAAGCGCUGGAAAAGGACGCGUAUAUCAUCAAUAAUGUGUUUACACAGACGGGAAUCACAAAAUCCUGCGAACACGGAGCCAAAAUAUCGUCAAUUAUUAAACACAAGGCAGCCAAACUUAAUGAAGCCACUGCUUUAGAGCUUUUGGACUGUAUUAUCGGAAUAUACCUCGAGAAUUUCUCAAAGCCAUCCAUCGAACACACUCUUACCAUGUCGUCUCAAGAUUAUCCAUCUAAUCCACUCGACUUUGUACUCUUAUCUAAGCACUUUGAGUCUGGAGUCUUGGCUUUCUCCUCGCUCUCCUGGGAUAACCUUCCCCUCUCAGAUCUAAUUGUUAAUGAAAGCUUAUCGCAGCAGAGGCAGAAACGCUCAGUGACAUCCAGCGUUCCUCAAUAUAACGAACUCGACACUCUGGUCGACUAUGAUGAUAAGUUGGAAACCAAAGAACGUGUGGAGAAGAUCAAGGAGCUUCUAAGAAGACAAACUUCAAGAAGAGCAGUCAGAUUUUGGGAGUUUGUUCUGGACCGCGAUCCUCAAAACGGGUUCAACAACACUUGCUUUAACCUGUACUCUCUGACUUUUCUUGCAACCAACGGCGAGGUUGAGAUUUUCAAGGGUUCUGACGGCGAGAUAAUGAUAAAGGUAUUUUGUGGUUUAAAAUUAUUUUUCAGGCUAGGGAUAGGGGUAGUGGCGCCAAAGUCAACUUUCAGUCCAUUGUUACUGGUUGGUCUUAUCAGCAGUGGUCUAAUCUGUUAG